UAACCGCUAGAGGGAAAAAUGUAAACAAAAUGGCAGCCCCCAUGAGAUUGAUGCGUUUUCAUUUCAGAACACUUUUAAGUAAGAAAAUCACGACGUACGAAGAAGAGAAUGCUGUUCGAAUGUCAACAAAAACUAAGUUUACAGCUUUAACCAUUCCAGAAGUUGAAGAACAGUUAAAUUCUAACACCAUCAAGCAUAGAAAACAUCCGGGACUUAGAAGAAUAAAUUGCGUGAAGUUACCUGAAAGAUUGAUUAAUGCAGCCAAAAAUAUAUUAAACAAUAAAGGUUACACCACAAAGCAGUUGCUCGUUAACAGUACCGAUUUGGUAAAUACUUUAAAAUCUAGAAAUUUGCCGGUAGAGAAUAGAUACAUUAAUGAAGUUGCCAAAAAAGUCGAAUUAAAAAUAUGCGAAAAAGAAAAAGUAGAUUUAGAUUCUGUAGACAAACUCGACGAGAUGACGAGACGGAGGAUAAAAAAUAAAGUUCUAUUCAGGCUUAAACAAGUAAUUCCUCAUUGGAAAUCAAUAGACUAUGAUUUUUAUCAAUGCAUACUUUAUAUGGUGAGCCGACUCGCUCCCGAAUAUGCCGUUCUGAAGCAAGUUCUAACGGAGAUUACAUACGAUGAUCCAGAUUUUACUCCUCAUACACUUUUCGAUUUUGGAUCGGGGGUUGGAUCUGCUAUGUGGGCUGCUCAUUCUAUGUGGGGUAACAGUUUAAAAGAAUAUUUCUGUGUAGAUUCUUCAGCAGAUAUGAAUGAAGUUGCUAGAUUACUCCUUCAAGGUGGAAAAGAAGAAGGAGAAAUGAUUUUUAAAGGUGUUUUCAUGCGACAGUUUCUUCCAGUUUCUAGCACAUUAAAAUAUGAUUUAGUCAUCAGUGCUCACUCAUUCUUGGAUUUGCCCUCUUCCAAAGAAAGAUUAGAAGUUGUCAAGCAUCUUUGGAGAAAAUGUAACAAAUAUUUGGUACUUGUUGAUCAUGGAAGUAAUGCUGGUUUUGAUGCACUCAUGGAAGCUCGUGAUUAUAUAUUAUAUUUAGAAAGCAGAAGUUCAAAAAUGGCUCAUGUGAUUGCACCUUGUCCUCAUGAUCAUGUUUGUCCUAGACAAUUGGAUGGCACAGAAACUCCUUGUAAUUUUCAAGUUCAGUACGAAAAAUUACCUUUAAAUAAAAAACAAAUGAAUGCAUUCGAAACAUAUUCGUACGUUAUUCUAAAGAAAGAAUCAAGAUCAGAAGAAAUAGAUCCUUGGCCAAGAAUUGUAAGAGCAAUUCUGAAGAGGCAUAAACAUGUUGUCUGUAGAAUGUGCUGCUCGGAUGGAAAAUUACAUGAAAUUGUGUUCACAAAAUCAAAACACGGCAGGAAUUUAUAUAGAUGUGCACGAUCUUCACAAUGGGGUGAUUUAUUUCCUGGAACGAUAGUUCCAAUGUCAGAAAACAUAGAAAAUAUAGAAGAUUAAUUAUGAUAAUAUAUCUAUCAAAUUCCAAACUGUACAAUUAGUCAAUCAAAAAUCUUGAGAAUGGCAAUACAGUACCGGACCAAAUAUAUGGCAAGCUUGGGACUGGAACUGGUUUGGAUUUCUGAACUUGACCUAAAUAUAUACUUAAAAUAUAAAGUAAGCAGUAGAAAGAGUAAAAUUGUAUUUAACAGAUACA